AUGUCAAAAAGAUUCGCCGAGCCCGAUGGCCAUCAACCUAGAGACAACAAGCGUCCGAAAACACAACCACCGGUCGCCGUAAUCCCCGCCAUUGAUAUCUUCUCCGCCCGUCAGCUUCAGGAACUUCUUUCAUUCAGCCAAGAUGCCGUCCAGCAUCUAAGGAAUGGCAUCCAAUCUUUCAAGCAGUUUCUGGAACUUAUCCUCUACCAAAAUGAUGAGCCCAACCGGCCUGCAAAGAUCAACAUCCUCAAUGAUUAUCUGGACGCCGCAAAACUGAAAGCUGCCCGUGACAAGGAUGCUGAAUUUCUUCCCGAUUUCAUGCAGGCAUGGAGCUUUGCAAACCAGACUAACAACGAUUACCUGGCUACCUCGGUCGCUUCGAUCUUGGCUUUAUUGUUGAAGACAAUCUCCAUUCUCAUCGAAUCCCGCGAAUAUGGCAUUCUCCUCGUCAAGACUCUCUUGAAUCAUGCCCAGCUCAAGCUCAUCUCAAGGAGUGUCUCUGCUCCCAAGCACAAGGAGCAUGUCAUCUCACCCUCUCUGCGUAUUCUUACCGAGAUGGUCUCUUUCGACGCCGGUCUCAUGGCCAAGCAGGUCUAUGCAAAGCGCGACUUUACCUUUGAGACAAAGAUUGUCGCCCGUAACCUCUGUUUGAUCAAGAGUGGUUCUGGUCCUUCAGUCCGAUCGAACGCUGUUCGCUACCUACUUGCAAACUUCAAGUACCAAGGAGAAGGUGCUAAGAUUGACAUCCUCAAGAACGGCCACAUUACCAAGGCUCUGUUCGAUCACCUCAAGGAUGACUCGGCCGAUGCUCUGCAAGAAAUCUUCAAGGUGCUCGAAACUGCUAUCCUGCGCGAUGAGACCAUUCCUCGUGCAACAAAGACUCAAACCAUCAGUGAACGUUCUCUGGCAGGUGUUCUGGCCGCUCUUCGAACUUUCGCCGCCACCGAAAGCCCUACAGGCGACGACUCCACCCUGAUCCGUGGCAAGAAUGCGACGAUGUCCUUCUUGAAGCUAGUCAGCACUACACCUUCUCUCGGUCUUCUCCGCCCAAGCGGCUGGUAUCCUCCUGGAAGCGAACGCCACACUAGAGAUCAGAACGAUGAUGUUGAAACCGAUCUUGCACUUGAUCUUGGCCUAGACUCUGUCGACUGGUACAACAAGUUCCAAGGUCAAGUCACUGUACGAAACACCAUCCUUUCCGGCUUCUCACAGACCUUGAAGCCUUACGCCAGCGAGGAAGAGAGGGACAUUUUACUCUCGAUUUUCGCCGCUGCGCCCGAAAUCGUCGCAGACUACUACUUUGCAAGAGGAGAGAAGUUCUCGUUCGAGCCCAAGCUCACCAAUACCUGGAUCGGAUACGCAUCUUUCCUCUUCUCUUCCGUACAGGUUCCCUUCCCCAAGUACUUUGGCGCUCAGGACCACUACCCCAGCUGUCCUCCUCCCGUCUCGAUUGCUAUCGAGAAUAUCCUUCCUCUGCCUCUCACCCAAAGGAUCUUGACCAAGUCCCUAAACCAAUCCUCCGACCUCAUUACUCUGUUCGCCGUUCGCAUCUUGGUUGUCGCGUUCCAAAAGUUGCACAAGGUCCUGCAAGCAUUCAACGUCGCAGCUGCCGAAGGAAAUCCACUCUGGAAAGAAGGAUCAAUCAGAUUAAUUGCAGGGUUCUGUCAAAGGUGUCCACCCGUCAAGGACGUCAUCGCUGCCUUCCGCAAGAUUUCUGAUGAUAAUAUCCUGCAAAAGGAAGCCGUCUCAAGACUGCUCCGCAUGUACUACCAGGUCACCCCUCAAGCUGCCCUGGAGGAGAAGUUCGAUGUUUCCCAAGCAUUGACCGUCGCCAUGUCGAGAGCGGAGACUGUGACGUCCGACAGCGAGAACUACGCUUUCCGUCUAUUGGAGCUGCAGCAUUUGCUCGUCAUUGCUCAAUGCUCUGCUGGCAUGCGUUGGUGGCACAAACAGGGUUCGCUCAAGUUUUCUCCUUUCACCACUUUGCUUCGUUUGAGCGCACAGACUCCUGUUGACCAGUCUACUGGGUCUGAAUUUAUCAACCUGCUGCAGUCGGUCAUUGACGAGCACAGCAUCUUGCAACAGCAGACCGAUGAGCCUUCUGUCAAUGCUUUGAUUGCUAGUCUGGCAGACGAUCAGGACUGGAAGCCGAGUGAGGCUCUCUACACCUUUAUUGAUGAUUGUCUUGGUCGUCUUGUCAGAAAGCCAAUCAAGUACUUGGACGAUCUUGACGAAUUGGCAGGUGGUUCCAACCAUGGCAAGAUUCUUAGUGUGCUGGUUCUGGUCUGCUUGGAGCAAAUCCCCUUCACCUCGAAACUGCCAGACUCCGAUCGCACGAAUGUGUUGAUGUGGUUCUCUCGCUUCUUAGAGCUACUCAAGGUGAUGGGUGAGGAUGUUGAGCUAUUGCAGCUUAUCAGACAGAGAGUUACGGACUUGCCUGUUGUCUCUUCCGUUGAGCUUGAACCUCUUUUGCGAUCGAUCACCUACCGCAGACAAUCCCACGACGACAAGACCACCGGCCCAGCAUCCUCAUCCGACAAGAAAUCGACAAGACAACCCCUCGCCUUCUCCGAACCGCCCGUCGAAAAACAAAACCAUCCCGAGUUAACUCGCUGGCAACAAAAAGACCUCGACGAAUCUCUCGAGAACGGCGACAUUGACGCACUCAUCCUCUGUCUCUCAUCCCAAGACUCGUCCGUGCGCCUCCAAGCCCACGCCUCCAUCCGCAAACUCAUGUCAAGAGUCAAAGAAUCCACUCACGACGAUAAAGAUCAAAUCUACUUGCUUCUCGGCGAACUGCACGAGACCGUUACAGAGAUGACACCAACACCGCUUUCCGAGCAGCCAUUGCCUUAUAUUGCUUCUGUAUUUGCUACACAGGCAUUGGCGGUCUUGCAGGAUCCGAGUCACUUCAUGUACCCCAAGAUCAACAAGUAUCUCAACAAAGGACCGAUCUGGAACGUACCCAAGUUACCCAACUACUUUAUUGACAAGACCACCCUCGAGACCCCCGACGAAGACGACAAACACUGGGCCGAAGUGCUCUGGACCCUCGACUUCUUCACCUCUGCUACCCGCACUCUUCCCGACGUUUCCCUGUUGUUAUCUCGCAACUGUAUGGAAAAAGUACUUGAUCUGUUUGCUUCGCCAUCGGCGCCAAAGGGAGUCAAGGAAGCAGUGUUGAAGGUGGUGUAUAGAGUUGCUGCUGUGGGUGGUGCGACGUCACUGGUUACGAGAACGGGCGUGUUGGCUUGGUUGGAGGUCAGGGCGAAGAUGGGGGAUGUAGAGGCGACUACGCUGGGUGUGUUGAGGAACAAGGUCGAGGAGGGCGUUGAUGGUACCAGAGUGGAAACGUGGAGUAAAGGUGCUCUGACUGCUGCCAAGUAG